CAGCACUGGAUAACAUAUUAAAACAACAAAUUAAAUAAAGCUGCAUUGCUGGGGGGAUAAAUUGGGCGCAAAAAAAUGUCGCUGCGGUGUCGAACCUGCGGCGAGACAGUGUACAGCUUGAAUGCAACAAAUCUGUUUGAUGGGGACAACGAUAUUGUGAGGAAGAUUUCCUUUCUGACUGGCAUCUGGAUAACUGACCAGCUGGAUAUGCCCAGGAGUAUAUGCGCUUGCUGCCUAAUGGAUCUGAACACCGCCAUCUUGUUCCGGGAGCGGUGCAUCACGACGCACAAUGUGCUGACGCAGGGCAGAUGCGGAGUGUUCCCGUCGGAUGAUGUUGCCCUAAAGAGAGAUCUAGACGACCCACUGGGCCAUGAGGAAGGCUUGCAACUUGAUAUAAAAUGUGAGGACGAUCAAAUUUCAGAUGCCAAGCCCGUGGUUGCCAUAACAAUGGAAAAAGCAACGACCAGAUCGCAAGAAACGGACAUUGGCAGCGAACAUUCUUCGCGACAUAAUUCUUGCGACAGCCCCACGGCGGACACGUUGCCUUCCCCAGUUGCAGCACCUGAUCCGUCCAUUGAGGUGACGGAAAUUCUUAAUACUGCUGAGGGCACUGCCUCGCUUCCUGCCUCAAAAGAUGCUGAGAGAAAACGAAGGAAGCGCCAGAAUCGGGUUAAUCAAAACUAUAUUUGCGAUCAAUGCGGCAAGCACUUCAACGACAAGGGAAAUCUGAAUUUGCAUUUGGUACGCCACACGGGCAUAAGAAAGUUUCAGUGCCCGGAGUGCAGCCACAAGGAGUACAGCCAGUUUCUGUUGAAGAUGCACAUUCGCGUGAAGCACAGAAAAGAGGCGCCAUACACCUGCAAGUACUGCGAUCAACAUUUUGUUUGCAGCAACAAGCGCUAUCGCCAUCAGAGGAUUCACGAGGGGCUGAAGCCUGAAAGGACAGAUAAACCGUAUGCUUGCAACUUUUGCCCGCACAGGUGCAACAGCAUGAGCAACUUGCGGAAGCACGAAGUGGUGCACUCUGGCGAUCGUCCAUUUCGCUGCGAAAUCUGCGAUGUGGCCUUCAAUCGAAUGUCCAACCUGAGAACUCAUUUUCGUUCGAAAACGCAUAAAAAGAAGACUGAAGAAACAACAAACACUAACACAGAGGCCGAAAUAGUCGAUCCAAACUGAAAUGUUUUAAAAAUUAUUUGAAAACUAUUUAUUGCACGUUUAACUGCUGUUCCAACGGAGCAGCAGCAGCAGCAAUGGAUGCAGUCCUAGCUGUGGGCGUAAAAAAUAAACUUUGUUAUUUGAA